UUCAUUGAUUUGACAAAUAGUUCUUGAGUAUCUAUUGUUCUAGGCAUAGAGCUGAAGAUGAGCUCCUUUCUUUCUCUCUGAAUUUCUUAAGUCAACCUUACUCUGUUCUGGAACCUUCCAGACUUUCACCAGAAAUGAAUGAAAUUCUAGGCUCUGACAGCAGAGUCUGUACUCCCAGAAACCCAUAGAUGUGGGAUACCUAAAGCCGGACAAGUUCCAGUCCUUUUCUGUCACUUGAGAAAGACUAUGUUUUGCCUGCCAAGGACACAUAGCUCUUCCCCUGAAGACAAGAUGAAGUCCCAGAUUAUGUCUUUAUUUCAAAGUUUUCCAGUCUCAUAUUUCUCAGCACAUUAGCUUUACUAGGUGCACUGGGGUAAAGGGAAAACAUCUGUGUUUAGAAACCCGUGGGGAAGGACCACUGCAUAUCCCAUCUCCCAAGAGCUUGCUCAUGCUUGCCAGGGGCUUUGAGUAGUUCCCUCUAGAACUUGACCACAGUGUCUUUCAGGUUUGAUCACAGGUGCUUAUCUGGAUACCUAGGAGUUGGGAAGGAAAUGCUGUAGACCUUUGCCUCCAACUCUUCGUUUUCAUAGCCAUACAUUCCUGCCUCUGAAAUUCUGCUUUUGUUCUUUUCUCUAGGUUGGAGGGGUUAGGUAGAUCUUGGACAGAUAGGGUUCCCUGCCCCCCUUUUGGUGAUUCAGUUUUAGAAAUGCAUAGUCUGUGAAAGCAGAAUAUUUACAAUUUAUCAUCUCCGGUGACAUGGGCUGAGGAGGAUGGUGGCUUUUGGUGAGGAGAAAAGAUUUCUUCUGGGAACAUCUUCCCUUUACUAGAUCUGCUUUAAGGUGAUACUGACAUCAGCUGUAUAUCUCCUGGGUCCUUCUCCCAGUGCACUGUCAAGGGCCAUCUUGACCCUGAAAUAGAUACUCCCUUUACUGAUAGGUGGGAAGGCAUUCAGGAGGGACUGAGACUCAAAAACGGACAUAGUCACUUGACCUUUGGCUUUGUGCCCAGUGUGAUGGCCUCAUAGGGAAGCUUUGCAAAACGACAUGGGAUUCCUAGGUGGCAUUUUAUGUCUUGAGAAAAAUCUAGACAAUUCUCCUAGAAGGCCUUUUCUCAGAGAUCCUUUUCUUGACAUUAAGGAAAUAGGAUACAAGCUUUGCAGUCCAAGCCUGCCCGUAACUUGUGGUAUGUAUGUAUGUAUGGGGCUAAAGAAUUCAAGGGAACAUAGGAGAACCCAGAAAAGUGACAUUUCCUAGACUCAUACUCUCAGAGGUGUUCACCAGUGAUCAUUAUUUCAGGAGAAUGAGAUCCUGACUGAACAGGAGGAGCUUCUAGCCAUGGAGCAGUUUUUACGCCGACAGAUUGCCUCAGAAAAAGAAGAGAUUGAACGCCUCAGAGCUGAGAUUGCUGAAAUUCAGAGCCGUCAGCAGCAUGGCCGCAGUGAGACCGAGGAGUACUCCUCCGACAGUGAGAGUGAGAGUGAGGAUGAAGAGGAGCUUCAGAUCAUCCUGGAGGACUUACAGAGGCAGAAUGAAGAUCUAGAAAUAAAGAACAAUCAUUUGAAUCAAGCAAUUCACGAAGAGCGAGAGGCCAUCAUCGAACUGCGGGUGCAGCUGCGCCUGCUCCAGCUGCAGCGAGCCAAGCCCGAGGCGCAGGCACAGGACGAUGACGAGCCCGAGAGGCGGCCAGGCACCCUGGAGCAGGCCAAGCCGUCCCCGGGCAGAGACAGGAAGGAGACGCCCAUCUGAGCAGCCCGAGCGGCACGGGACCCCCAGACCCAAUGAGACCUGUGCAUCUUACUGUAACCCUGAGAGUCGGAGUGCACAACUCUCUGCUGUACAUUCUGUAAAGAUGUCUUUUCUUCUCAGACUCUUCCUUCUUUUCACACGUGUGACUUCUCCGAGUCAGGCUCAGGUUACACGGAGGACGACAAAGCAGUGUGCGCAGUGUGGGCUUGUAGGGGACAGAUGAGUUUUCCAGAUAGUGUCAGCUUAUUUGAAGAUUAAUUUUCUUUGUUAACUUAAAACUGUUUUAACCCUUGAGUGGCUUCUUUUUAAACCAAAAAUCGUCUUUCUUUGCUUUUUUAUUACAGCAGAAUCAGGAUCUCUUUCUCUUGUUCAAGGGGUUGGGAACCAAACAAGGUAAAUACUGUUCCUGCCUUGUGGAUUGCCCCAUAGUCUCACCCUUCGGGAUCUCUGCUUACUAGUCACUCUUGCUUGUGCCUUUUACACCUUUUUGGUGCAGAUUAUAUAAUGGGGAGCUGCCUCAUAUUUCCUGACUGGCCAGAACGGCUCUUACUGAGGUUACCUUUACCCACCCUUGUCACCCUCUCCUUUGACGGUCCUAACCCACAGUCCAUGAGCCUGAGUCACAGGAUGGCCUAGCUGGUCACAGAGCUGCUGGUGGAGCCUGCCCACUGGCCCCCCUCCCCCCUCCCCUCCACCCCGCAGUGGAGGAGUAGCCACCUCGCUCCUGCUGAUCAGCACGUGCUUUUCACUGGGUUGGUCGAAGGUAGCUGCCUGGCCUGAGGCGUCCACACAGAGGAUCUGUUUCUGAACCCAGACAUCUUCUGUGUGACUCAUCUGCCAUUAAACACAGAAUGACCGAGAUUGCUUGCUUGGGCUAGAAUGUAAAAGUCUCUUUGCCUGAAUAAGCCAUAUAUGCUCUUAAACAAAAGUUUUCAAUGACCCGUGUCAUCUCAGUGAACCUGCUGAUGGACUCCCAAUUGACAAGAUUGAGCAAUAGAAAAAAAAAAAACUUCUCCUUUAAGUGAUAGCUGUGAUUCCCGACCCCGUUUUCUUGCUUCUGCGACUUCUCUGGUGACUGAGGCAUCUGGGAGGUCAGCUCUCAGGCACCUUUGUUCAGUCGUGCUCUGUCGGAAUCAGUGGCACUCAUGAGGUAGGUCAGCUCUCAUGGCUAUGAAGACAGACCCCACACACUCAAGGUGAUGGAAGCAAACCCCCCCCCCCCCGAGGGCUCUGUCCUCUCCUAGUUACUAUUUAUUUUCAGCACCUGUUUGAUGCGGUUUUUAAUUCUCUACCUAUUGCACUGUUGUGACUUGUUGGCCAUUGUUUGAUUUUUGUACGAAAAAAAGCUUUGUUAUAGAAAUCAGCAUACUAUUUUUUUAAAUCUGGAGAGAAGAUAUUAUGGUGACUGAAAAUAUGGUCAGGUGUCAAAUAUAAACGUAUAAAAGCCUUCUUGCUGUCCUGUCGGUCAUAUUACAUUAUUUCAUAUUUGCUGGCAAUAUUGAAGGUUUCUUUUUUGUUUGUGUGAACUCUAAUUUCUAUCAAGGUGUCAUGAUUUUUAAAAUUAGUAUUUCAUUACAGUUGUCUCAGCGUUGGUUAACUAAUUUUUUCCAGGACCAUUAUUGAUCAAGCAAAUAAAUUCAACAGCCAUUUGAAGAAAAAAAAAACAAAACAACAAAA